GACAGCCCGCCCGCCAUGCCCUUCGCCCACGGGGCCGCCUGUGCCCCGCCGCGCCCGGCUGGCACGGGCGGCGUGCCCGAGCCGUGCCCGCAGGCCCCGCUGGCCGUGCUGUCCAAGGUGGAGCUGCGGGUCAGCUGCAAACACCUCCUGGACCGAGACACCCUCAACAAGUCGGACCCCUGUGUCCUGCUGCUGAUGCAGUCCCAGGGCCAGUGGAUGGAGGUGGAUCGCAGCGAGGUGAUCAAGAGCAACCUGAACCCCGUGUUCGCCAAGAUCUUCACGGUCGAUUACUACUUCGAGGAGGUGCAGAAGCUGCGCUUUGAGGUGUACGACAGCCACGGCCAGGCCGGCGUGGGCACGCACGACGACGACUUCCUGGGGGGCAUGGAGUGCACCGUGGGCCAGAUCGUGGCGCAGAAACGGGUGACGAAGCCGCUGUUCCUCAAGUACGGGAAGUUCGCGGGCAAGUCCACGAUCACGAUCAUCUCGGAGGAGAUCUCGGGGAACAAUGGCUACGUGGAGCUCGCCUUCCGUGCCAAGAAGCUGGAUGACAAGGACCUGUUCAGCAAGUCAGAUCCUUUCCUGGAGAUUUACCGCAUCGACGACGACCGCAGCGAGCAGCUGGUGUACCGCACCGAGGUGGUGAAGAACAACCUCAGCCCCAUCUGGGAGCCCUUCAAAGUCUCCCUCAACUCGCUCUGCAGCUGUGAGGAGAAGAGGAAGCUGAGGUGUGUGGUGUGGGACUACGACUCGCGGGGCAAGCACGACUUCAUCGGGGAGUUCUUCACCACCUUCGAGGAGAUGCAGAAGGCCAUGGGGGAGAACAAGGUGCAGUGGGACUGCAUGAACCCCAAGUACAAGAUCAAGAAGCGCAACUACAAGAAUUCGGGGGUCGUGGUGCUGCUGGACCUGAAGAUCCACAGGGUUUACUCCUUCCUGGAUUACAUCAUGGGCGGCUGCCAGAUCCAUUUCACGGUGGCCAUCGACUUCACGGCCUCCAACGGGGACCCCCGCAACAGCUGCUCCCUGCACUACAUCAACCCCUACCAGCCCAACGAGUACCUCAAGGCUCUGGUGGCUGUGGGGGAGAUCUGCCAGGACUAUGACAGCGACAAGAAAUUCUCAGCUCUGGGCUUUGGUGCCAGGAUCCCCCCCAAGUAUGAGGUCUCCCACGACUUCGCCAUCAACUUCAACCCCGACAACGAUGAGUGUGAGGGCAUCCAGGGCGUCGUGGAGUCCUACCAGAGCUGCCUGCCCAAAAUCCAGCUCUACGGCCCCACCAACGUGGCUCCCAUCAUCUCCAAGGUGGCUCGGGUGGCAGCUGAUGAGGAGAGGACCAAGGAGGCCUCGCAAUACUUCAUCCUGCUCAUCCUCACCGACGGCGUGGUCACGGACAUGGCGGACACGCGGGAGGCCAUCGUGCGCGCCUCCUACCUGCCCAUGUCCAUCAUCAUCGUCGGCGUGGGCAACGCCGACUUCACCGACAUGCAGAUCCUGGACGGGGACGACGGCGUGCUGCGCUCCCCCAGGGGCGAGCCCGUGCUGCGCGACAUCGUCCAGUUCGUGCCCUUCCGCGAGUUCAAGAACGCGUCGCCCACAGCCCUGGCCAAGUGCGUGCUGGCGGAGGUGCCCAAGCAGGUGGUGGAGUACUACAGCUACAAGGCCUUUCCCCCGCGCUGCCCCCGGCCCCCCAGCCCCGAGCCCAACCUCGGGUCCCCGCAGUGAGGGACCCCCGACCCCGCUUUUCCCCAGUGAGGGGCCCCCAGCCUCGCUUUUCC